CCCGGAGCCGAAUGCAGGGUUACCGCGCCCAUCUCUGCUGUUCGAUGGCCGGAGGACGAGACUGAGGCGCCUGCGAGAGCCGUUUCGAAAGGGUGUCCGGGGUGCCGCGCCGAGCGAGGAGUCACACGAACUGUUACUGAGGAAGACGAACGAACGAGGGACGGAGCAGCGGACUGCAGUGAGACACAGGACAUUUCAGUGAAAACGCGUUUUUUUUUGUAGAAAAGAGAAAAAAACAACCGUGUGCCUUUUUGUUUGGAGCGGAAGAGCCUGGCAAGAGCGCGCCCCCCUGCCCUGUGCUGACUGUGUGUGCCGGCGUGUGUCCCAGCGUCCCUCGGUUCGGGCAGCGCCGUGCCCUCUCGUCGCCAGCUGGCCACCCUCGCCUGAUCCGCGCUGCGCCGCGCCACUGUGGGUACCCAGACUCCAGAGGACAGCCCCGAUCUUCGCCGUUUCCGGUCAUAUGCGCUACAGCCCCACCGCGGACACCCCCGACUGAAAACGGAGAUCAGCAAGCAUCCCGGCGGACGGAGCAUAGCAAAGCACACCGUCUAGAAGAGGAAAAUGAGUGAACUCGACCAGCUACGCCAGGAGGCUGAGCAGCUCAAGAACCAGAUCAGAGAUGCCAGGAAAGCUUGUGCAGAUGCUACCCUGUCUCAGAUUACGGCGAACAUUGACCCUGUCGGCCGGAUCCAGAUGCGCACCAGACGAACACUGAGGGGUCACCUGGCUAAGAUCUACGCCAUGCACUGGGGCACCGACUCCAGACUCUUAGUGAGCGCUUCCCAGGAUGGUAAGCUCAUCAUCUGGGACAGCUACACCACGAACAAGGUGCACGCCAUCCCACUGCGCUCCUCCUGGGUGAUGACCUGCGCCUAUGCGCCCUCUGGGAACUACGUGGCCUGCGGAGGCCUGGACAACAUCUGCUCCAUCUACAACCUGAAGACCCGCGAGGGCAAUGUGCGCGUGAGCCGCGAGCUGGCCGGCCACACGGGUUAUCUGUCCUGCUGUCGCUUCCUGGAUGACAACCAGAUCGUCACCAGCUCUGGCGACACCACCUGCGCUCUGUGGGACAUCGAGACUGGUCAGCAAACAACCACAUUCGCCGGCCACACCGGUGAUGUCAUGAGCCUGUCGCUGGCCCCUGACACCAGGCUGUUCGUGUCAGGCGCCUGCGAUGCCUCCGCUAAACUGUGGGACGUGCGAGAAGGCAUGUGCCGACAGACCUUCACUGGCCAUGAGUCCGACAUCAACGCCAUCUGCUUCUUCCCCAAUGGCAAUGCGUUUGCCACGGGCUCCGAUGAUGCCACCUGCAGGCUGUUUGACCUGCGCGCUGACCAGGAGCUGAUGGUGUACUCGCACGACAACAUCAUCUGUGGCAUCACCUCUGUGGCGUUCUCCAAGAGUGGCCGCCUACUGCUGGCCGGAUACGACGACUUCAACUGCAACGUGUGGGACACCCUCAAGGCGGACCGUGCAGGUGUUCUGGCCGGUCACGACAACCGCGUGAGCUGCUUGGGUGUCACCGACGAUGGCAUGGCAGUGGCUACGGGGUCCUGGGACAGUUUCCUGAAGAUCUGGAACUGAAGCCUGAAGAUGGCAUCCGGACUCCAAAGUUGACUGGAACACCAUUCCAACAUCAAAAUGUUUAAAAUUUCAUUGCAUAUCCAAUCUUCUCAAACACAUGAAACUGACUCAAACAUCCCCGAAACUGCAAAGGGUCAAAACGGGCCCUUUUUUUUUUUUUUUUUCUUCUCAUUAAUAAAAAAGAGCACAAUAAUUUUAUCACACGGCCAUAAAAAAAAAAAAACAGAAGAAUUGUGGUAUAAAAUGAAAAAUUGUGCAUUCCUUCUGGGACCAUUAUACGAUAAUGUCUUGAAAGAAAACAACACUAUCAUCCCAUGCAAAUGUAUCAUGUAUCCUCAGUACAUAUGUUUGAGUGCGUAAUUAUACAGGAAAAACAAAUCUAACUCUUGAUAGGUUUUUUAGUCUUUUUUUUUUUCUGUUUAUUGGAAGAAUUAGAUUGGUGAACUCCAACGGUUUGUCUAAACGAGAAUUAAAAAGCUUUCCAUUAUCUCCUAGCCUAUGAAGUUUUUAGAAGUGUUUGUAGAUUAAAAAUAAAAGUAUGGCCUGUCAUUUUUAAUCCAGCUUUAUCACGCGCGAAAAGGAGAGUGAGGAGGCGGAGCUUCAUGCCGAAGUCCUUGACCCGCUGUCCGCCAUGUCACGUCACCUCUGUACAUUUAGUCUCCAAUUAGUUUUUUGUUUUGUUUUUUCCCCCCUUUUCCCCCCCUCCUUUGUCUUGUCACGAAUCUUUAUUUGCACAAAAAAAGAGAAACUUUGCAUCUGUAGGAUAAUGUCAAGAACUAACCAAGCACAUGCUGUAAUGAGAACGAAUGCUUGUUUUUCAAACAAAAAAUGACAACUUUUAACCAUUUAUUCACCUUUUUCUGUUGGGUAUUGUAGAAUAAUUAAAUGAAGUUUAACCCCGUUUUCUCUCCUUUUGUUUGUGUUUUUUUUUUUUCUUUUUUUUUUCCUUUUUUCUCAAAGUGGAUCUGGUUGGGGGGUACUGGUUUGUACGGGGAGGGGGUUCCUUUUGCGGUUUUCCUGUUCAAACGGAGGCGCUGAUUCCGUGCUUGAAAACGCAGUUCCUACUCUGUGAAUGAAAUGUUGUAUAAAUCAAUGUUUGAAAAUAAUGAUACUGAAACUUUCUAAGUUAAAAAAAACAAUUUAAAAAAAUUUCUUUUGUCUGCCAUGGGUGGGUUAACUCUUAGAAUCGCAUGCUGUAGAAUUGCUUAAAGUGCAUAUGGAACUAAGUCCUUUGAUGUUUUUCUUUGAUAACCUGUUCAAGAUAAACCUGUUAAAACUGUCAUUACCGCUGUAUUUAUAGUUUUAUGUUUAAUUUUUUUCUGUGCACACACUUUGAGUUAAUCUAGCAAUGCCAUGCACUGGGAGAAGCAUUAAUGGCAAAUAUAUGGUAAACUUUUCCCCAGAUAAAAUCUGUUUUGGAAUGAUGCUUAAAGAAAUGAAGACGAAUGUCCAUCCUGUUUCCACGCAGCCCUCUUCUUUCUCACAAGCGCACGUACGCGCUCUCACACAACACAUACACACGCAUUCUACACACACGCAUGCAUGUACAGACCAACACA